AUGCUAUUAAACGCUCGCUCUAUUGUUAACAAGAUCACCGAUCUACAUUUCCUUAUGCACAAUGAACCGGAAGGUAUAUUCAUUACUGAAUCCUGGUGUAAACCCUGGACUGUUCAUGAUGCCAUACUCAGUCAUGGAUCGGCUUACCGCGUCUACAGGUGCGAUCGACAAGGUGACAGAGUAGGAGGUGGAGUAGCUGCACUUAUACACUCGCGUGUCUCUCACCACUUUUUAGCUGCGAGAGAUUUUCACAGCAAUAUUCAGACAAUAACUCUCCAGAUUGAUUAUGAAUUUAUUGAAUAUCUCAAUUCGCUCUACAGUGAAUGGACAAACCAGAUUUUAAUUCUAGGUGAUUUCAAUUUUCCCUUGAUAGACUGGCCCAACAUGGUUCAGAGAGCGAACACAUCUAUGCCUGGUUCCUCUUCAUUCUUAAAAUUUGUUUCCUCUUACAGUCUUAAGCAAAUGGUCAAAGAGCCUACUCAUGGGUUGAAUAUACUAGACAUUCUGCUGGUUUCGGAGCCGACUAUCAUCAGAAACCUAAAAGUUCUUCCACCCUUCAGCACAUCAGAUCAUUGUAGCGUUAGUUUCGAAAUUGUUGGCAGAUCCUUACCCACACUCAGAAAGUCAGUGUUGCGUAAGGCCUACUCGAAAGCUGACUUUGAAUCAAUUAAUGCAUCUCUUGCACGCAUUGACUGGAUCAGCCUACAUCGCGGCUGUGAUAGCACAAAUGCCUUUUACCUCGAAUUUUUAAACAUAUGUAAUGAGCUGAUUGAAAAGUAUGUCCCUAAUGUGCGCGUUAAGAAUAACCAUGAAAGGUAUCCGAAACGUAUACGAUUGCUCAGAGCCAAAGUUGAUCAUCUUUUCUCUCUCUCACAAAAUGUUAAUAAUGCGGAGUACAAGAAGUUUUCCAUGAAGCUAAAAAGAGCUCUCGCUAAGCACCGGGUGUUGAUUGAAAAGCAGAUUGCCUCCUGUAAGAAUUCGAAACGCUUUUUCAGUUACUGUAAGAAGAACCUUAAACUAGCAGAAUCAAUCCCAAACCUUAUCUCGCAU